AUGGGCGCCAUGCAGAUGGCAGCCGCUCCGGGCGGCGGCGCGGCGGCAGGCGGCGGCGAUGCCGCGCCUCCUGCGGAGGAGAAGAAGGAGAAGACCGAGUUUGCGGUCAAGCUGGAGGCGUUCAGUCCAGAGGGCAAAAUCAAAGUCAUCAAGGAGAUCAGGGCCAUCACCAGCCUGGGGCUCAAGGAGGCUAAGGAGCUGGUGGAGAAGGCCCCGAUUGUCAUCAAGGAGGGCCUCAGCAAGGCGGACGCAGAGGCAAUGCAGAAGCAGCUUGAAGCAGUCGGCGGCACGAUCAAGCUUGAGUGA